AUCGAAGCAGAGCAAAGCAUCCUGGGGCAUGUAGUCUUUGCAGUUUAUUUCCUUAAGUCCUUCGCGUUACUGUUUUGAGCCCCGCCUAGUCUCUGCUCCCCGAAACCUUUACACGUGUCUUGGUUUAUUUGAAGACCAGGAAGUUGAUAGCUCCUGAGGCCGGCUGCGGAAAGACGGUGGCUCGGUUGGGACAGUCGCCAGGGAUGGCGGAACGUGAGAAUGGAGCGGGUGUCCGGGCUGCUCUCCUGGACGCUGAGCAGGGUCCUAUGGCUCUCAGGCUUUUCUGAGCAGGGAGCUGCCCGGCAGCCCCGGAUCAUGGAAGAGAAAGCGCUAGAGGUUUAUGAUUUGAUUCGAACUAUCCGGGACCCAGAAAAGCCCAAUACUUUAGAAGAACUGGAAGUGGUAACGGAGAGUUGUGUGGAGGUUCAGGAAAUCAAUGAAGAAGACUAUUUGGUUAUCAUCAAGUUCACACCAACAGUACCUCAUUGCUCUUUGGCAACUCUUAUUGGACUGUGCUUAAGAGUAAAGCUUCAGCGGUGUCUGCCAUUCAAACACAAGUUGGAAAUCUACAUUUCUGAAGGAACUCACUCGACAGAAGAAGACAUCAACAAGCAGAUAAAUGACAAAGAGCGAGUGGCAGCUGCGAUGGAGAACCCCAACCUGCGGGAAAUCGUGGAACAGUGCGUCCUUGAGCCUGACUGAGACGGCCGAAGAGCCAGGGACCUGUAGUCAUUCAAUCUGGUUGUUUAAAUCUUUGUAAAAUGCGGGACUCACGUUGAAUAUGUAGGUGAUUUGUACCUCAAA